GGGUUAGAGAAAUAUGGUUGGAAAUACAUGCAAAAGAACAGAAUAAGACAGAAAUGCCAUUGAUUCUAUACACAAGGCCCCUGGUUGCUAAUUCUUGGCUGGCCACAAGUCAACUAGCUAGUCAUGACAUAGGAGUAAAAUUAGUUCCAGAGCCUGCCAAAGUUCCAGGUUCUGAAAUGACAUGCUGAAUGAUGUCACAGAGAAGUUACUUUAUAAUCUGGUCAGGAUCCUGUAAUUUCAUGAGACAGCUCCAGGGAUCCACUUGAACUAACAGGAGAGUGUCGUCAGUAGUUCCCAGCUGGAAAUCAUGGUGCGGAUUAUAAAAGACACGGACGAAUUGAAAACAUUUUUGAAAGCUGCAGGGCACAAACUUGUGGUAGUUGAAUUUUCAGCAAAAUGGUGUGGCCCCUGCAAAAGGAUGUCUCCUCUUUUUCAUGCACUGUCUCAGCAAUACCAAAAUGUAAUGUUUGCUAACGUGGAUGUCGAUGAUUCUCCGGAAUUGGCUAACACUUGUCACAUCAAAGUAAUACCCACAUUUCAGAUGUUCAAGAAAAGCCAGAAGGUAAACCUAUUCUCAAGAAUCAAAAGAAUAAUUUGCUGUUAUGGAAGUGGAUUCAUGCGCAAUCUGAUUUUUGAAUUUUGUGGAGCUGAUGCUAAAAAACUGGCAGCGAAGAUUAAAGAACUAAUGUGAGCAAAUCUUCACAACAAAAUACAUUUGUGACAUUUUAAAAGACAACACUAA